AUGGACAACAACUUGUCUGAUCUUGUACGCGACUCCAAACUAAGGACGCGCUACGAAAAACCUCACACUAUUCACCUCUUUGACGACCCGGAUGCUCCUCCUUUUUCCGCACGGCGACGCGAACAAUGGAAGAAAGAUCGAACGAUUGGCCAUGGCGGUCAAGGACGCGUCGUGUUGCAGACGUGCACCGGGGGCAGUCGAGGCUAUACUCAACGCGCUGUCAAGAUGAUUCCACUCCAAGAGAGUGGACGACGGCGAUAUCUUCGGGAACUGGAAGCCAUUCUCAAGUUUUCUCAUGACAAAUACGCCAAGUACUUUGCAAAGACACUGGGAUGGUACACGUCACAAAGCAAACUGUAUAUUGCCAUGGAGUAUUUCCCCGCAGGAGAUUUACAUUCCUAUGCUCUCAAACAUGCACCCUUGCCCGAAAAUGAGUGCUGCGAGAUCGCCAGUCAAAUCCUUCGCGGCUUGGCUGCCAUGCACCAGGAAAGUUUUGCACAUCGAGACGUGAAGCCUCACAACAUCUUGAUUCACCAAUCUCCUCGAUCUGUACCUCCUGCUCCAUGGUGGGUCAAGCUCGCAGACUUUGGCAUCAGCAAGAGGCUGGAGGCCGGGACCAGCGGCAGCACCAGGAGGAAUGGCACCCUGCUAUACAUGGCGCCCGAACUUCUUAUAUCCGAGCUGUCCAAUGGGUCACGAUUUGACUAUCCUGCUGUGGACUUGUGGGCUUUGGGCGUCACAACCUUUUUCAUCUUGACCAAGAGUCUUCCAUUCCAUGACCUGUCAUCCGUCAUCAAAUACGCCAGUGAUGCCAACAGGCCGUUUCCUGAGACUGCUUUGCUUAAUUGCAAAGUAAGCAUGGAUGGGAAGGCUUUCGUUCGUGCUCUGACGAGACGAAAACCGACAGAGAGGUUGAAUUCGGGAGCUGCCAUGUGCCAUGCGUGGAAUCAUCCAUGGCGGCCGGAGACACAGACACCACCACCACACAGCGGGCAAAUCCAGGGCUCGGGACAAUCCUUCAAGGUUGCUCACCAUGUUAUGUCUUCUCAAUUUUCCUCUAUGAGCUGUUCUUUCGACGAAGGAACGGGCGGCUCAUCGGGCCUUGACGACGUCAGCUCGCAGUUGUACUCUAAAUCUUGGUCUCACGAAGACACCAAGAAAACCAAUUCGGCCUUCGAAAUACUUCGCUCACGCUGGAAUGAAGAUGGCGACGACCGACUGUUACUGGCCGCAUUAUCCGAUGAUGCAGCUAUAAGGGAUUACCUACUACUGAUGAAGGGAAAUUUCGGGGCCUCCAAGCGUGCAGCACUCUUGCAGGCUAUAUUUUCCGAUAAGGAAGGCUUCAUCAAUUUCUUGAUUCAGACAAGUGACAACCUCGAGUCAAGGACUAGAUGGAGGGAUACCCCACUUCACCUAGCGACAAAGGCUGGAAAUCUGUCUGUGGUGCGGCUCUUGAUCAAAGCAGGCGUCAACAUUGAAGCUAAGAACAGCAACGGUGAAACGGCACUCUCUGAGGCCUCAAAAGCGGGAAACGAGGCCAUGGUGGAGAUGCUGGUUGAGGAAGACGCCAACAUUGAGGCCAAAAACAAAAAGGGCGAGACGCCGCUCGUUCACGCCGCUGAGAACGGGCAUGAGGGCGCAGUGGAGUGGCUGGUGAGUAUAGGUGCCGAUCUCGAGAGCAGGGAUAAUGAAGGUAAUACGGCACUCUCAAGGGCCUCGCGGGGAGGAGAAGAGGCCACGGUGAGGGUCCUGAUCGAGGAGGGCGCGAGCAUCGAGACUAAAAACUAUGCGGGUGAAACACCGCUUCUUCAGGCUGCUAGUGAAGGAAAUAAGGGCACCGUAAAGCUGCUAGUGAGCAAACGUGCUAAAAUUGAUGAGAGGGACUGCGAUGACGAUACACCGCUUCUUAAAGCUACAGAGGCCGGGCAUACGUCGAUAGCAAGGCACUUGUUGGAUGGAGGCGCAGACAUUGAGGCUAUGAAUCGCUGGGGUCGCACACCGCUGCUGCAGGCUGUUUAUUGGGGACGCGAAACUACUGCGCGUUUCUUCAUAAGUUCAGGAGCAAAUCUCAAUGCUUGGGAUGAUGGUGGAUAUACGGCACUUGGACGGGCCGUCUACAGGCAGCAUGAGUCCAUGGUGAGACUGCUUUUGGAAAACGGCUUCGGUGUUAAUGAACGAAGCUACGAUCGUUCCACGGCACUCAUACACGCUUCGAAGAAAGGGCACGAAGGCAUCGUUAGACUUCUACUCGACAAGGGCGCUGACAUUGAGGUAAGGGAUAUCUUCGGUGACACGCCGCAUUUGAUAGCUCUGAAGAACGGAUUCAAGGCUGUGGCGAGGAUUCUUUCUAAAGAGGCACGCUCUCAAGAGGCACGCAGGAGGAGAGGUGACCGAAUCUUGAUACCACAAAGAGCUUGA